AUGUCAGUUUCGAGCAGUGAUCAACACGAACGCAACGCAAAACAUGUCGAUAUGUCACUUUAUCCGCCUUUUAUCAAACAGGUACUAAUUUUAUUUGUUUUUUUGUGGAUGAGUCAUGAUUUUUUGUGGUUCAGAAGAAACACGGAAAAAAAUCGUUUCUUUUUUCAAAUUAAAAUGUUUGCAGCUUGACGCAAAAUUGCCGGAUUACACAAGAGAGGGCGAUAUUGAGUAUCCGUUCGAAGAGACCACCGGAGUCGGCGAUGAAAAUCGGAUACGUGGUUGGUUUCGAAAAAAAGUUCCCUCUAAAACCAAUUUUUUCAGGAAACUGGGGCAACAAAUCAGAUUAUUUGCUAGCAGUUAUCGGAUUCACGGCCGGUGUCGGUAAGUUGGACAAGAAAAAACCAGUUCGACUAAGUAAUCGAUCUUCUCGAUCGUAAUGUCUUUUCUUCAUCUAAUUCUCGCUUCAAAUUGAUUUUCCCCUUCAAAAGGUGCUAAAAAAAGUUUUCCCUCACCCCCUAAUCAGUCAAUUUUCUGCGAAACGCUUCCAAAGUACGGCGGCGGGUCGAAGUCCUCGAAUUAGAAUAUCAGCAGAUCCAUCUGACCACCUCAUGAAGUGCGUGCGUUAUGAUAAAUGAUAAGAAAGUGAGAGAGUGAGAGAGAAAAGAAAAACGGAGGAGACGGAGAGAAAAAGAACUUUGGUCGGUUUGCAAACAGAAAAGUUGUGAUACGAUACGACAAGCAGCAAAGCAGAGUGUGUCAGAGGAUCAUCAUUAAUUUUUGUACUUUGUAUCUGAUUUUCUGGAUGCUUUUUCAAAACGCGGCAUUUACCUUUGAAAAUUCAUAUCAAAUGAGGUCAAGGUUUCACUUUUCACACAGAUUACGAAAAAGUAGAAACGUAAAAUUCGUUACUUGUUAGUGUUCGUUCCAACAACACUCCGCGCAUGGCUGACAGAAAACAGUCGUCGGACCGCUCGCAUCGAAAAAACAGCAAAGAGGAGAACAGAGGAGGACCGGCCGAGAAUCGCAUUUUUCGCGUUGCGCAUGUGUGUGUUUUUAACACGAGAAUAAAUCGGAAACCCUGUAUUUUCGCUGUUACCGUUUAUUUUUUGAAGUUAUAUAAUUGCCUGCUUGCAGGAAGUUUCUGGAAGUUUCCGUUCCUGGUGUUCCGACAUGGCGGCGCCGCAUUCCUCGUUCCCUACCUCGUCAUGCUCUGUCUCGCCGCCCUGCCCAUGUUCUUCAUGGAAUUGGUCCUCGGCCAGUUCUCCUCGCUGGCGGCGAUCAGCGUCUGGAAAGUGGUCCCGCUGUUCAAGGGCAUUGGAUUCGCUCAAGUGACGCUCUCCGGCUUCUUCGCCGUCUUUUUCAAUAUUAUUUCGGCGUGGACCCUUUUCUACCUGAUCAACUCGUUCAGCUUCUCGAUUCCGUGGUCGAAUUGCGCCAAUUCGUGGUCCGGAGAAAGUAGGUUUGUGUGAACAUUUCGGGUCCUAAAAAGUUGUUGUCAGAUUGCACACUCGGCACGCGGGUCCGUUGCAGCGAAAUGAACGGAACAUUGCUGGUGAACGGAAGUUGCAUCAUAGGACAAGAGGGAACCAACGAGACGUCCGUCAUCACUUUGCACAACCUCGACUCGAUUCCUAGCCUGAAAUAUUUUCAGUUAGUGAACAUCUGGGCAUCGGACCCAAUCUUUGAAGGCUUUUUAGUCUUGGCCUGGAGUGUUUUGGUUCCAAGUUUAGUUUCGGACCGAUUCGAUCAUCUAAAUAAUCCUCAGAUAUAUAAGGAGUUAGGCUCGAAAUCCACGAAUCUUUAGGCCAAGUACAUGAAGCCUGCAAAGUUUGGGCCCGGUCGGAAUGUAGGCCAUGGGUAUAGAAUAUAUUUAGUGAAAGUGAAAGUGUCAGAAUUGCACUACAAAGUUGUUAUAUUUUGAGAUUUUUAGUUGUGAACAUCGUCCUUGCCCUCAGUGAACUUGAUAACAAAACAACAUUGUGUACAACUUGCAUACUUUAGCUUCUCGUUUUCUAUGUCAAAAACUUUAAUAUACAGUUUUUUCGAAGGCAGUAUGCAAGUUGUACACAAUUUAGCUUUGAGAACCAUAUCACAAUCACGGAAUGGACGUUCAAGUUCUGUACAUACUUUGAUACAUUGAUAACUUUCUGCAAACUCGUCUUUUGUAGCAAUGACGUGUUGAUGCUGUCGAACGGCGUGGACGACUUCGGAACCCUCAACUGGUACCUCGGAUUGUGCGUGCUCGUCUGCUGGAUCGCCGUCUUUCUUUGUCUGUUUCAGGGCGUCAAAUCCAGUGGAAAAGUAGUAUCCCCCUUUCCCUUUUUUUCAAUUUUUCUCAAACUUUAGGUGGUCUACGUGGCGGUGAUCGUUCCGUCGAUCAUCCUGACGGUGCUGCUCACGCGCCUACUCACUCUCGACGGUUCCAUCGAAGCGGUUCUCUAUUUUAUGAACCCUCGAUGGGAAAUACUGAAAGAUUUGAAAGUGUGGGGAGAGGCGGCCGUCCAGGCGUUCUACUCGGUCUCUUGCUGUUCUGGAGGACUCUUCACCAUCGCCAGCUACUCACGAUUUCAUAAUAAUGUCUACAAGUUAGUUCUAUCAGCUAAUUUCAAUCAAAGAGCCUGUAAAAACGAUUCGAAAUUUGCAGAGACAUCUGGCUGGUGCUGUUCGUCGACGUGAUCGUCUCGCUGAUCGGAUGCCUGCUCACGUUCUCGGCGAUCGGCUUCACGUGCUUCGAAUUCGCGAUCGCCCUGGACAAGUUCCAGAUCCGCGACGGCUUCCACCUCGUGUUCGUGUUCCUCGCGGAAGCACUGGCGGGUGUGCCAGUGGCCCCCCUCUACGUCGGCCUCUUCUUUGUCAUGAUCCUUCUCGUCGUGCAUGCCACUCAAAUAUUCGUCGUCGAGACGAUCGUCUCGUCGGUGUGCGACGAGUACCCGGAACGUCUGCGUCGGAACCGUCGCCACGUGCUCACGACCGUCUGCGCCCUCUUCAUCCUCCUCUCCAUUCCAUUUUGCCUCUCCGCCGGCCUUUAUUGGAUGGAACUCCUGGCCCAAUUCGUGCUCACGUGGCCAUUAGUGGUCAUUGCCUUCCUGGAAUGCAUGGCGAUCAACUGGAUCUACGGCGUCGAUAAUAUGCUCGACAACGCGAAAUGGAUUGUGGGGCACUGGCCGCCGUGCUACAUCUUCUGGAAGGUCCUCUUCAAAUUCGUGUGCCCGAUGGUUUACCUGGCGAUCCUCUGCUUCCUCUGGUUAGAUUGGCGCACGAUAGAGUACGAAUCGUACGAGUUCCCGUACUGGUCGGUGCUCGUCGCCUGGUCCGUCGCCGCCUUCCCCCUCCUGCUCAUCCCCGUCGUCGGCGUCUGGCAGUACUGUACGGCUAAGGGAAAUCUGACGCAAAAAUGGUGGAGGGUACUGUACCCGGACGACGCGUGGGGACCCGCCCUGGCCAUCCAUCGAGCCGAGAAGUUUCCGCUGCAGAUACCGGAGGCGCGGCGGCUUCUGUUGCCGCCAGAGGUCGAGAUCGCAUCGUCGAGGAGGGAUUUGCAGGUAUUUCGUGUUUCCUCGAAACUGACUGACGCUCUGAUUUUUCAGGAAGAAGAGCUGCUCGGAAUGAACGGACGACUGACGAGCGGCGGCCGUUCGUCAGAGUUUCUCGACGGCCGAUCGGCAGUGGGCGGGGCCACAGACGCGCGGUCCGCCGCCGCCACGAUCAACACGAUUCCAAAGUUCGAACGCGAAACGGCAAUUUAG